GUGAGCGCCCCUGCUGGUGGCAGGAAGUGUGUGCGUGUGUGUGUGUGUGAGAACAUGUCAAACAUGAUGGUCUCAGAUGUUGGAGGACAUGUUCCUCAACGCUGGGAAGAUGAAGGAGAUUAUUUUUAUCGUCAAGUUAUUUUUAGAUCAGUCACCUCCUUCCUCGCCGUGAGAUGUUCGCGUGUCCUCCCGCCUUCCAGAAGCGUCCCGGCAUGGCCGAGCACGUCCACGGGAGCACCGUGUCCUCGGAUGUCCACUCCUCCUCCGUCCUCGAGCCGGAGCAGAGGGCAGCCUUGGUCUUCGUCCUGGUCCUCCUGGUCUUCCUGGGCCUGCUGAUGGUGCGCUGCUUCCGCAUCCUCCUGGACCCGUACCGCAGCAUGCCGUCCUCCACCUGGACCGACUACACCGAGAAGUACACCUUCGACUACCGGAUCUCCUGACAGGCGGCGUGAGAGGUGGCCAGACCCCCCGCGGGUUGCCGCCUGAGGAACCAAAGGAGCUUCAGAACCUCGGAAGCAGAAGAACCAGAAGCUUCACGGGAUGCUCUUAUUCACAAAAGCAACCGGCUUUUCACUCCCUGCACGCCGCCACGAAUAGAUGGCAGUCCUGUGGGAACAUCAUUUCAUCCAAGCUCACAUGGAAGCACGGACUCCAUAGCUUUGCUACCAGAUAACAAAUACUGCAGUAGCAUGCAGUAUAAGUCAUACUGUACCACUGUACUGUAUAACAUGUACUCCAUAGCAUGCGGUAUAACACAUACUUCACUCUUUGCUCUUUUUUCCACAUUUUUGCAGUUUUUUUCCAAAUAUUUCAACUGAUUUCAUCAAUAAUCUUCUUCCAUUGUA